CCUCCACGCGGACGAGCCAAAGGGCCUCGAGUCAACCAAACGCGCCCCUAGCCUUCUCUCUUGCCUCACGCCGUCGCCGCGUUUCACAGAUACUACAACCAAGUGCUGCUCCAACCAGCGGCUUCUGGCUCUCACCGGGCGGCAGCAAUGGCAAGGACGAGGAAGGGAUGGGCGCGCGGGUUGGCGGCAUUCGCGGCCGUCGCAGUAGCGGUGUCGGCGGGGCGAAAGUACGGGUGGGACGGGGAGGCGGCGGUGGCGGCUUUCCGGCGAGGGAGGAGCGCGCUGGGGCCCUGGGCGGCGCCCUCCUACGUCCUGGCCCACGCGCUCACCCUCGCGCUCUGCCCUCCCUACGCCAUCUUCUUCGAGGGCGCCGCCGCCCUGGUCUUCGGCUUCCUCCCCGGCGUCGCCUGCGUCUUCUCCGCCAAGAUCCUGGGCGCCUCCCUCUCUUUCUGGAUCGGCAGGGCAAUUUUCAAAUACUUCACUUCAGCAAUGGAAUGGUUACAGAGAAAUAGGUACUUCCAUGUCGUUGUUAAAGGGGUUGAGAAGGAUGGCUGGAAAUUUGUGUUACUUGCUAGAUUUUCUCCUCUGCCUUCAUACAUUAUCAAUUACGCUCUAUCUGCCACCGAUGUUGGAUUUUUUAGGGAUUUUCUCCUUCCUACAAUUGUUGGCUGCUUACCAAUGAUCCUACAGAAUGUUUCCAUUGUAAGUCUUGCUGGUGCAGCAGUGGCCUCUACUACAGGAUCUAAGAAGUCUCAUAUCUACUCUUACUUGUUCCCAAUACUUGGCAUUGUGUCCAGCGUUCUCAUUUCUUGGAGGAUUAAGCAAUACUCUUCUGUCCUUGCUAUUCCUGAAGAGCUUAAAAACCCACUCACUGAUGGGGAUGCCAAGUUGACUCCAGCGCGAUCUGAAAGUACCUCUUCCGGGGAAACUAGGAAGAGAAGGUGACUGUUCAAGCUGUUAUAAUCAGAUGCAACUCAAGGCUUCCACGUUGCUUGUUGGCUACAGUAAACUGUAUGCCGGGGCAGUUAGCUAGCCGUCUAUUUCUGCCUUUGAGCUUCUGUUUUCCUGACAACUAUUGUAAGGUAAGAUUUGAUGGAAGCUCAGAUGUUGUAAACCUAGAUGGUUUGGGGUGGUUCGGGGGUUGUCUUGUUGAAGUGUAUCCACUUGUACUGAAGUUGACACUUGCCAAAAUCAUAGGUCUUUUUGGAUCAGAACUGUGUUUGAUGCUGUGAGUAGAACAGAUGUUGUGGCAUUCUACAUAAGCAGUUACUUGCAUUC